AUGUCCUCAUACAACACGUCGUUUCAGCCCGGAGAGGCCGUGGCCCCGUGCUGCAGCACAACGACGCUGCUCAGCGCGUUGGCGGCAUCCUUCGCCUGCUGCUUCUUCCUCGUCGUCAUCUUCCUCUGCCUGCGCUUCCUCCACCUUCGCCGCACGCGGCGCCACAGCGCACAGCCCCUGCAAGGGCAGCCCCAGGCCCCACAGCCCAAGCACGGCCUCGACGCCGCCACCAUCGCGCUCUUCCCGUCCUUUCCGUACCGGCGGGACAGCUCGGCAUCGGCGCCGGACGAGUGCGCCGUGUGCCUCAGCGCGGUCGACGAGGGGGAGACGGUGAGGCAGCUCCCGAGCUGCAAGCACCUGUUCCACCAGGAGUGCGUCGACGUCUGGCUCCUGUCCAACGCGUCGUGCCCGGUCUGCCGUGGGAAGGUCGAGCGGGCCGCGGGCGCCGAUCAGCACGAGAGAGCUGCGGCAUCAGCAGCCGUCGUGCCAAUUGAGAUGAUGGACGAUGAAACGCCGUCGACGUCAGAGCCGUCCGUGCCGGAGCGGCCGGGCUGGUUUGGCGGGCGAGCCUCCGGCUCCCGCUCCGGCCAGGAAACGGACUUGGAGCGGCAAUAGCAGUCAUUGCCCGGGGAGUCCAGCUCUCCUAGAUAUGAUUGCGCGAUCUG